AUGACAUCCUUCCCGGCCGCCGCCCGCCGUCUCAUCGCAAUCAACAUCUUCACAGUCAAGCCCGGCACGCAACCCGAAUUCAUGGCGCUGUUGAAACAAACUGGCAAGGCGAACCCGCCCGCCGGCUGCCUUUCCAUCCAACUUCACGCGUCGGUGGACGGCACCAAAGUCCUCAACCGCAGCGAAUGGGCGUCGCUUGAGGCCUUCGAGAAGAGGUUUCAGACGGAUGGUAGCAAGGAGGCCUUUGCGAAGAUUCGGGAGUUGGUCGAGAGGGUUGAGCAGGAGAUGUAUUGGUUGGAUGAGGCGGAUGUUAUCGUCCUGUAG